AGCGCAGAGCGUACCAUCUGCGCGGGCUCCCCUCGCCGCGCACUGCGGAGCCGCCUCGCGCGCCGAGAGCGGCCGCAUCAUAACAACAUUAUUAGAGCCUGGAACCAAUAUAUGACAGCCACAUAAAAAAAAAAAGGCAAAAAAAAAAAAAAAAAAAAAAGCCCCACCAUGUCGGUUGCCUUUGCUUCUGCUCGCCCAAGAGGCAAAGGGGAGGUCACCCAGCAAACUAUCCAGAAGAUGCUAGAUGAAAAUCACCACCUAAUACAAUGUAUUAUGGAUUAUCAGAGCAAGGGGAAAACUGCAGAAUGUACUCAAUACCAACAAAUCUUGCACAGAAACCUGGUUUACUUGGCAACAAUAGCAGAUUCUAAUCAGAAUAUGCAGUCCUUGCUUCCUGCUCCACCAACGCAAAACAUAAACUUGGGCCCAGGAGGAAUGACUCAGAGUGCAUCCAACCAAUCUCUCCAUUCACAGAGCAAUCUCAGUGAUGCAAUUGGGACAGGCCUUCCUCCUUCCUCCCUCAUGCAGAGUCAGAUUAGCAAUGGUCCUAAUCACGUGUCUAUGCAGCAGUCAGGCCAGAACACUAUGCCCACAACCUCUCUGAGUAUGACUGUCAGCAGUCAUGGAACUGGGCCUGGUUAUAGCCAUACAGUGCCUGCAUCUCAGAAUGUGCCAAUGCAAGGCCAGGGGUCAAUAGGCAAUUAUGUCUCUCGAACAAACAUCAACAUGCAGUCUAAUCCAGUCUCCAUGAUGCACCAGCAAGCAGCAACAUCCCAUUACAACUCAGCACAAGGAGGGAGCCAGCAUUACCAGGGGCAGUCCUCCAUUGCCAUGAUGAGUCAGAGCAACCAAGGCAACAGCAUGAUGGGUCAGCGACCAAUGGGCCCUUACAGAGCUUCACAGCAAGGUUCCUCACAACAGUACAUGGGUCAGGAAGAGUAUUACAGUGAACAGUACAGCCAUGGACAAGGCUCAUCAGAACCUAUGAAUCAGCAAUAUUACCCAGAUGGUCAUGGUGAUUAUGCCUAUCAGCAGUCAUCCUAUACUGAACAGAGCUAUGACAGAUCAUUUGAUGACUCUACACAGCACUAUUAUGAAGGAGGAAAUUCUCAGUAUAGCCAGCAGCAGGCAGGAUACCAACAGGGAGCUGCACAACAGCAAACAUAUACUCAGCAGCAAUACCCAAAUCAACAAAGUUACCCAGGACAACAGCAAGGAUAUGGUCCUGCACAAGGAGCCUCUUCACAAUAUUCCAGUUACCAACAGGGCCAGGGGCAGCAAUAUGGAAGUUACAGAACUUCCCAGACAGGACCCUCCGCUCAGCAACAGAGGCCUUAUGGCUAUGAGCAGGGACAAUAUGGAAAUUAUCAGCAAUAAAAGAACAUGAUCCUGUAUGAGAUUCAUUUCAACAGUAUAUCCAUCUUUUGAACUGGAUGUACAGGCAGUUUUGAUUAAUUGUAAUAUGUUGGUUACCCCUUAGCACAAAUCAGCGUCUGUAUGUGAACAGUGUUCAUUUCAUGCUGGAUAUGAAGCAGUGCACUACUGGUAACACGACAAUGCUUUAAUGGUUUGAUAUUUGGUGCUGUGUAUAGUACUGUAUGUUGAUACAAUGCAGAAUUUUUUUCAUUUCCCCCUGCCAUUCUUGAUGUUUCUAAAUAGCUUUAGGAUCAUUUGAUCACAGUUGUGCCCAGCUCUGGAAAACAGCCAGGUUAUUUUGCAGUCUGGCUAAAUACAAAGCCAUGUAGUCAUAUCUCAGUCCAGGGAAGUAUCCUAGGGAAGAUUAUUGAUUGUUGUUUAAGUGGAUGCAUUGAAGUUUACCUGCCAGCUUCUGAAAUUUAUGGCUCUUAACUUUACUCCUUUAGAGUAAGGAGAGGGAUACGUUCCUUAUGUGAAGUCAGUUCCAUGCUGUAAGAUAAAAAGAAAAUUAACUGCAAUCUUUGCAAUACCUGCUAGGGCCCACCACCUAAGUCUUCUAAUUUAAUAUAUCUCCAUAAGUCCAUGUUUCUGUUGUAAAAGAUGCAGAAAGAUGAUCAAACCUAUAUUCAAGAAAAUAUUAAUCACUAGAGGCACCUUUUAUAUAUCCAUGUAAACGAAGGUAUUUCUAUCAUGGAAAGAAAAAUAGAAGGGAGAUUUGAGAUCUGGAAUGUCAGCCUACUAAAUGUCAAUAUUGCUUCGUAUUGUGCUAAACUAAGAAAAAAUCUGGCAAAACUCUAGUCUUAAAUACGGUACUCCAAAUUUUAUAACUCGCAUGUUUAUUUUGAUGCCAGAUUUCCCAGGCAGGUAGCUGGCAUCCUUCUUUAUUUCUGAUCCUUCCAUUGCCCUUACUCAGUGUU